CGCAACAACACAACUACACAAAAAGAAAGAAAAACGCGGAACGCAACUACAUCACCCACACAAAAAAUAUCACAACAUCAUCAACAACAACAGCCGCCGCAUCAGCAUCCGCAUCCGCAGCCAGCAGAUCUGACCUUCCGCCACCAUGGACCUCCAUCGCUUCCUCCAACAGCAACAACACCACCACCACCACCACCACCACCAACAACAACAUCCUUCUUCAAGGUACGCUCCUAUCGCCUCUCCUCGUCCUCACUUCUCCGAAACCCCUACUUUUUCUCAUCAUCACCACAACAACAACAACCAAAGCCACCACUUUCCUCAGCCACAUCCACCACCACCACCACCACCACCAGCGCACCCCCGCCCUCUUCCUCCUAUAUAUCACCAACAACCCCUCCGUCCACCACCACCACCACCACCACAACAGCAACGCCAUCCCUUCACUCCAACCCAAUCCCAAUCUUUCUCCUUCUCCUCACCCACAACUCCUCCCUUUUUCUCCCACAACCAGAUCGACGAUCGCACUCGCUACAGAUUACCCGAACCCGACCACUCCCGACCCGAAUUCUUCAACCAGCAUCCUAGGGUUUUGCCCGAUUCCCGACCUUACCACCACCUGGAUCUCGAUCGAAACGGCGCGCAUCAGCAUCAUCAUAAUGAGCGCACGUUCGAUAAGUUCAGGCUUGAAUCUGAGGGUAAUUCUAGUUCUAGGUUUGUUAGACCCGAAACCAUUGGUUAUACCUUUGGUUCCGAUCCAAACCAUAGAGAUAGAGAAAGGAAUGAUUUGGUUUGGGGCGGCGAUCAUCGCCGUCUCAAUACAUCUUCUCGGGAUUUAGGGUUUGUGUCUAAUCAGAAUCAAACUUUAAGGAAAAUUGAGUCGAAUUCUAGUGGUUAUGAUCUCCGAUUUGGUUCAGUGCGCGAGAAUGAGGGAUUUAGGGGUGGUAGAAUUGAUGCAGGUCAUGAUAGACAAACCUCUAGAGAUGGUGUAGGUGAUUCUUUGUAUGAGAUUGGUGAUGGUCAUGGUGAUGGUGAUGGUGAUGGUGAUAGGGCUCGGAUUGGUUCCGGCAAACGAGAGUAUUUUGGUUCGGAAUCAGGGAGAUAUAACAGUGGUAGGGUAAAUAGAGAGGGUAGUUCUGAAUAUAAUCGCACUCCGAGGAAACAAAUACAGAAGAAGAGUGCUCUUUUGAGAAUUCAGGUGGUGAAAACUAACCAUAGGAAUAGAGAGAGUGAGCGUGAACCAUCACAUUAUUCUGGUUACUUUGAUAAAACCAACUCUGGUUCUUUUAGAGGUAAAGAUCAAUUUGGGUAUUCGAGUCAUGGGAUGGAAGAAGAAGAAGAAGAAGAAGUAGAACAUGUGAGGGAGGGAAGCCCUGUAGAGCUUGAUGUUUCAUUCAAAUCUAAUUCUCUGGUAGCCAAGGCAAUUGUGACACCUCCUAGUUCAACAGUUGUUUCGGAUACGGAUUUGACUCCUAAGAGUGAGAAAAUUAGGAAAAUGUCUGAUGGGGAUCGUUUGAAUUCAAAAACGAGAAAACUCAAUGAGGGUACUGUAAAAUUGGAUAGUUCAACUCAUGUUACUAGUAAGGCAUCCCCUUCUGGAAAGGACUUGAAACAUUCAGGAGAGAAAGCAAUGACUUAUAAUGUUGGGAAUGUUUGUGAUGGUAGUUCGCAGCCUAGUUCAAGUCGGGCCAGUGUAUCACUAGUAAAGAGUAAAGUGGAAAGGUGUAGUAAGGAUACUGUUUCAGAUAAAGAUGGUACUAAUGUUGGUUCUGGCAAAAAUACUGCUCCCAAGGUUGUAAAGAGGAAAAAAAUAGUGAAGAAAAUAGUGAGAAGAGUUGUAAAUCCUCAAUCUCGUUUGUCAAGUUCAGAGCAAAUGAAAAAGUGUGACCAACCUGUGAAAUCAGAUGGCUCCACUCAUGGUCCACCUGCUGCAUCGGGGUCUGAUAAGGGCGUGACACCUUCAGAAAAGAUAAUCACUUCUGAUGGUAUGGCUUCGAGGCAAGAUGUUGUUUUGCAGCCUUCUACAGAUGAGGUAAACUUGUUGCCUAAAAAUGACAUAGUAUCAAAUGAAUGUGGAAUUAAUGUUGAUUGUAAUAGAGCAUGUGUACCUAAGAUCAGGAGAAAUUGGAAAGGCUCAACUUCUCCUUUUGGUUCUCCAAGUUGUGAAGAAAAUAAAAUUGGUAAGAGUCCUGUAAAUGCUGAUAAUUCAACUCAUAUCUUGGAUAGCAUUUCAAAUACUGACAAUGAUGUAGCUAAACCGCUAAAGGAAAUUACUUUUUCUGACAUUGAUAUUGUGGAAGAUGUCAGCAAGCAGAUUUGUCAUGAUGGAGUCUCUUUAUCACAUAGAAAUGGUGCAGAAAAAGAUUCCACUGAGGCCAUGCUUUCUUUAGAAAAUAAUUUUAAUUCUGGUUUGUUAAGUUCAGAGGAAAUCAAAACUCAAGAGGAUAUUACUAAUACAUACUCUUCACAUGAUGGUACAGAUAAAAAUUCGGGUUUUGAAAAUGGCAUGGUCAAAUCACAAGAGAAUAUUACAGUUUGUGAUGUUGGCAUCAUGGAUGCCAAUAGAAAACAGCCUUGUACAAAUCAGUUUACCAUAUCACUUGAGAAUAGUAUUGCAGAAGAAAUUCCUGGGACACGGGUAGGAAGCAGUGCAAUUGUUGGUUUGUCAAGUUCAGAGGAAACCAAAAUUCACCGGGGUCUUGUUCAUGGACAAUGCUCCAAACAUGGUAGUGAUAUUACAUGGGAUUCUGACAAUAGUUUUACUAGUUUGGAGGAGAAAAUUACUGUUUUAAAUGGCAGGACCGUGAAUAAUACUGGCAAGUACCCAUCUCCAGUUAAGGUCAUGUCACUUGAGAAUUGUGCAAUUAAAAGAUCUACAAGUGGCGUUUCAGUCAGAGCUAGUGAGGGUAACACACAGAAGAUUAAGAAGAGGAGAAAAACAAGGACUCAGUUAGACUUCUCAAAUUCAACUGACAUACAUGUAGAGCCUGUAAAUGAUUUAGUUAGCUCUGCAAAUGCUGCGGAUUCAAACUUAUGUUUAUCUGUAAAGGGUCCAAGUCCUGCAGAAGUCACAUUUUCUGGGGUUGGAAGUUCAAAUGUUGGUUUACUACCUGGUCAAGAUGGUAUGAGUGGGAUCCAUGCAAAAAGUUUGACAGAUGGGCUUUCUGAGGUUAAGUUUACAAAUAAUGUUGAUGUUAAUGGUUAUCUGUAUGGGACUUCACUUAGAUGUGAAAACAAGAGAGAAGUUUCUGCCUCUGAUUUGGUGUUUAGGUCAACGGCAUAUGUGACCAAUGAGGGACCCACAGGCGCCUCCACAUCUCGUGCAGAAGUGCCCUUAUCUAAUAAUGAUGAUAUAACACAACCAGACAAGGAAGUUGCAGUGUCUAGCAUAAAUAAUCUGUGUACAAGUGGUUUGAUACCUUGUCCAAAUGGGCUCACAGCGUUGCCUAAGGAUACUUUGGACAAAGUUUCUUCGAAAGCUGUGAGGGCAAGCAGGGAUGUCUUGACAGAAGAUGGUUUGAAACUUCUGCAUCAUGGUGUUGAAUCUUGUAUAAUUGCUGAGGACAAGGCUAUUCCAAAUGCAGAGUCCCCUUGUAUAUCAGGGUUGGGAAGUGAGCCAAAAGAAAUGAGUACACCUAUGGCCUCUAAUAUUAAUCAAAAUGACAUUAUGGAUAUAGAGAGUAGUGGUAAUGAAAAAAUGGAUGCACAGGCCGCAGAAGAUCGAGUUCUAACUCAUGGUGAGAGUCAGUGCAAAAUUAAAUCAGAACCUCAGUCUGCAGACUUUGAUCAAAGAUUUUCCGGUAGAGAUAAGGAAUAUGAUUAUCCACUUGUAAAGGAGGAUUUGCCUUCUGUUUCAAACAAGCCAUCUUUAUUUGCUGAUGGUCAUAGAAUUUUUUCUUCUAACGCUAGUGAUGAAGUUAUGGAGUCUAUGUCUGGAACACAUCCGACUUUGGUUUCUCCAGAUACCUUGUCUGAAGUCCAGAACAUACACACGUUGAAUGCCAGGACAUCACUUAGCCAAAUUUCCAAUGAGAAAGUUUGUGGGGAUGACCAAAAACUGGAUCAGAAGUCCAUUGUAGAAGGUGGUUCCAAUUUAUCUACUCAUACAUCAUUUCCCCAGUGUAUCAAGCCGGUUCCUGUGACUGAAAUUAACCACUCAACCAUGGGGAAGACGGUACUGUUGCCGUCACAAGAUUCCAAAAUUACAUCUCACAGUCUGAGUGUCAAGACUACUGAAUUAAUGGGGAGGAAGACACAACUGGGUCAUGCCAUUCCUAGGACAUAUCCAGGUCAUUCAUCUUUUGUUUCGACCAAUUCAAAGAACACAGCCUCUUCUACCCAAAUUGCAAAGCCCCGAACUUGGCAUCGAACUGGUAAUUCUUCUGCUCCUUUACCAGGAAAUAAGCCUUUCUCACAAAGUGUUCCUCCUCAAAGGCAGUUGGUCAAAAAUAAUUCGAAGUCUCAGAAUACUUCUUACAUUCGUAAAGGCAACAGUCUUGUAAGAAAAACUGCCCCAGUUCCUGCUCAACGCCAGGGCUCUCAUGGUUUGAGUUCAUCUGUUUAUUGGGCAAACUCUUCAGGCAUAGAUGAAUUGAAGAAGAGCACAGGGUCUGACAUUAGGGUUGAUGUUAUUGAUGCACAGAAUCUUUUAAAAACAGGAACGAAUACUCCUUUUGAGAAGCCUGGGACACCCCCAUUACCCAAUGACACCAAAUUAUUUACUCAAGCUACUGUCUCUUCUGGGGAUAAUACACCUUCCCCAUUGGCAGAGCGUUCAGUAAGUGAUUGCUUUGAAAGUACAUCAGAUCCCAUGAAAUUUACAGAAACUAAAAAUGUGCCAAAGACUUCUGAAGAUUCUUUGAAGAUUUCUGAAAUUUCUGAAAACUUAAUUGGUUCAUCAAACAAUUUGGAAAGCCAGGCUGAACUAAAUGGUGCCAAUGUGGUAUCUUCUAACAUGAAGAGGAUAGUAUAUGUAAAGCGCAAAUCAAAUCAGCUGGUCGCAACUUCAAACCCUAGUGACCUGUCUGGACACAAUGGAAAUAAGAAUCAAGCUGCUUCUGAUGGCUACUACAAGAGGAGCAAAAAUCAGCUUAUUAGGGCUUCAUUGGAAAAUCAAAGUAAGCAGUUAGUUGCCAUACCUGAUGACCUUUUCAACUCAGAGGGGCAACGGGCUACUACCAUUGUUUCCAGCAGAAAAUACAGUAAGAAACGACUGCAUAAGGUUGUGGCAAAGACACGUGAACCUAUGAAAUCCUCUUUGGUAUGGACAUUACGUGGUACACAGUCCUCAAAAACUGAUCAGAAGGUCUUGCCUCAGCUCUUUCCAUGGAAAAGAGCAACAUACUGUAGAAAUUUCAUGCAAAAUACCGCUUCUAUUUCCAAUAUUAGUUCCUUAUCUAUGAUCAGUAAGAAAUUGCUACUGUUGAGAAGAAGGGACACUGUUUAUACAAGGUCGAGCAAUGGAUUUUCACUUCGAAAAUUCAAGGUUUUAAGUGUUGGUGGUUCCAGUCUAAAAUGGUCAAAAUCCAUUGAAAAGCACUCGAAGAAGGCUAAUGAGGAAGCUACACUAGCAGUUGCUGCAGUUGAGAAGAAGAAGAGAGAACAGUAUCGUGCUGCAUGCAGUAGUUCUCGGACAAAGAAUAGAAAUAAUUCUUCCAGAGAGCGUAUAUUCCGCGUUGGUUCAGUUCGCUACAAGAUGGAUUCUACGAAACGGACACUACAGAGGAUUUCAGAUGAGGAAUCAACAUGCUCUACUGCUCCGCAAUCAGAAAAGGAUAUCAAGAAAUCUUACAUUCCUAAGAGAUUAGUGAUUGGCAAUGAUGAAUAUGUUCGGAUUGGCAAUGGUAACCAGCUUAUCAGAGAUCCAAAGAAACGAGCACGUAUAUUGGCAAGUGAGAAAGUUAGAUGGAGUUUGCAUACUGCCCGGCUUCGGUUGGCAAGAAAGCGGAAGUACUGUCAGUUUUUUACAAGAUUUGGGAAAUGCAAUAAAGAUGAUGGAAAAUGUCCCUAUAUCCAUGACCCCUCCAAGAUUGCUGUCUGCACAAAGUUUCUGAAGGGUUUAUGUUCCAAUCCCAACUGCAAAUUGACUCAUAAGGUCAUUCCAGAAAGGAUGCCGGAUUGCUCUUACUUUUUGCAAGGUUUAUGCACCAAUAGAAAUUGUCCUUACAGACACGUAAAUGUGAACCCAAAGGCCUCUACUUGUGAAGGAUUUCUUAGGGGCUAUUGUGCUGAUGGGGACGAGUGUCGGAAGAAGCACAGCUAUGUCUGCCCCCUUUUUGAAGCAACUGGAACAUGUCCUCAAGGGUCCAAAUGCAAGCUUCAUCACCCAAAGAACCGAAGUAAGGGAAGUAAGGGAAAGAAAAGGAAACGAGUGGGACAGCAGAGGAAGGCUCAGGGGCGUUACUUUGGUUCUACACAUGUCAAUGUUUCUGAGCCCAGAUCAGCAGUGAAUGAAAAACACUCUACACAAAACAAUGAUGACAUUUUCAUUGAGGGGAAAUAUGCUGAUUACAUUAGCCUUGAUUUUAGUGAUGAAGAAGUUGGUGAAACUAAUGAUCCAACAAGCGAGCGAAUGUUUUAUGAUAGUGAUUCAUCGGAUCUACAAUUAGAUGACCUUGAUGAGCUAAUAAAACCAGUUCGAAUAAUGAAUAGGAAUACAGCUUAAUUUUCUUAAGACCGACAGCUGAAGUUGAAACUCAUGAGUAGGAAUACAACUUAAUUUUCUGAAGACAGUGACAGCUGAAGUUGAAAAGCAUGCUUCCAAUGCCAUGAAGGAAUUGUAUAUGUAGGAAAUGAGGUAUAGCAUUUUUAUUUCUUUUCUUUUUCUUAUGAGGGAAUAGUCAAGUACUCAAAAGAGUUCUAGACAUCCGCAAUUUCUAAAAAAUAGAAAGAUGUAUUAUGCCUUUGUUUCUUUUUUCUUUUUUAAUCUUCUUUUCUAGGAAUGUUUUAUUUCCUUUUCAUUUUUUUUGUAAUCUACAUUGUACAUGAACCCAUGAAUUAGGAAAUUAAAUGAUUUUCAGAGAUCUUAUUGAAUGGUCACACUC